AUGAAAUAUGUUAAGACGAAUGGAGAAGGUGAAGAAGGGGUUAGGGCUUUCCCUCUUCUGCACGCCUCGUCGACCGUUCACCAUGGCAGUGGAGAUAGGAUGAUUCAGACGGAAAAAACGAAGGAUCAAAAGGGGGUGGAAGAAAUCUCAAUUCAAUUGGAAAGAGUUAUUGAUGAUGGACGUUCCAAUGGGGAUGAAGUGCGAUUCAUAGGGGGUAUCUACUCUGACCUUAGUGAGUUAGCUACUUAUGGCGCAGGGGAGUCCUUUGAUGAAAUGGGGAUUGAUCCAGAGACAAUGGAAAAGCAGGUAAGACUUGACUAUGAGAUACAGUCCAGCAGUCACCUUGGGCCUACUAAGCCUGAAGAAUCAUAUCAAGUGGAGGAACUCAAUAAUCUGGUUAAGUGUUUGCAGAAAAUCCAGGGGUGGAAUGAAGGACAUAGGGUGUGGGUUCUUAGAUCCUUCUUCUCCUCUUGUUUUUUCUAA